AUGUUAUGGACAUAUCAGAUACUAAAUACUUUUAAAACUGACAAAAGACGAUUUCGACGAAAGCUGGAGACCUGUGAUCUGGACGACGACAUUAGAAUUACAAACGACACGUUCCGAGUAAUCUGGGCGUAUGGUGGGCGGGACCCUGGGGAGGAGGAGGAGGUAUCCUGGAGGGAUGUGGAUAGAGCGGGGGGUAGGCUGCUCCACCUCUACCAGGGGGAGGUUCAGGAGGCCAGGGAGCCAAGUAUGAAGAAGUGGGUCGUUACAUCAAACAAAUAUUCAAUAGAGACCCUUUAUUGGUGUACUAUGGUGAAGCUGCCCAGUUUAGCUCAACGCCAUCAUAUGGUCGGAUACAGGCCUAGGAUACAACCAGGAAAUGAAAGGUUUGUUCAUCAUAUGAUGUUGUAUGAAUGCCAUGACAGUAGUCCUGACCAAGUAUUCUCUAAGCAUGUUGACUCUAUGUUGGGCUAUGAAUGCUAUACCCCCAAUAUGCCGGAUGAUUUCCUAAAAUGCCGCGGCAUUGUUGCCGCAUGGGGGCUCGGGGGCGAACCCUUUUAUUUUCCUGAGGAGGCGGGAUACCCCCUCGGGGAGGAGCAUGGAGGCGCCACCUACUAUAUGUUCGAGGUCCACUAUGAGAACCCUGGACUACACUCUAAUAUAGCAGACAACUCAGGACUUGAGAUACAUCUUACACCCCAUCUCCGUACCCAGGACUCAUCAAUGAUAACCAUAGGACAUGAUGUAUCCACCCUCCAUCUAGUCCCGCCCAACCAACCGUCCUUUACAACGGUCGCACACUGCCCAGCCCAGUGUACCUCCGCCCUACCGGAGAAUGGUAUCCGUGUUUUUGCUGGAUUACCUCACACCCAUCUCCUGGGGAUUAAGGUCAAGCUCCGCCAUAUCAGGAACGGGGCGGAGCUUCCAAUCCCGUUCCAGGAUAAUUAUUAUGAUUUCAAUUAUCAAACGAUGCGGCGGAUAGAGUUUAACCUGCUACCCGGAGAUCAUCUUAUUACAGAGUGUGUUUAUGAUUCCCGAGGUCGGGAUGGAUACACUAGAGGAGGAAUGAGAGCAGAUGAUGAAAUGUGUAUGAUGUUCUUACACUACUAUCCUGCUGUUAACAUUGCACAGUGUGUCAGCAAGCUGCCGUUGAAAAACCUGCUGCUCGCUAUGGGGGUUAGUCUAUGGCCGGUCACGCCGGAUACCCGACAUCUUGGCCUACGGAUCCGCAGUCCAGACCGGUAUCAGAACCUGACCCUGUCCGACUAUAUGUCAGCUGUUCUGCCAGGAGAUCUGGACGCUGCUAAACGACUACAGGAGGCGAACCUGCAUCAUUCUCAAGUAGCAGAGUGCUUCGACUUCGGCAAGAGAAAUGUUAUUGCGGAUGGAUUGGAGUUUUCCUCACCAAAGAUCCACACCCCCUUCUACCAUAUCGACGAGACCUGUAACCCCUACGCCAAAGACGACAAACUCUUCCUCGAAACAUUCCAGAAACAUCUCAAUCAGCCGCUAGAUGGAAGCACCGUCAGAUCACGUGCUCUAGCCGCAGCGCCAACAGUCGCACUACUAUUUAUUGUCAGUCUUCUUGCUUUUAGUCCAAAUAUGUGUGAUUAGUCAGUAUAAUGUACAUGUACUGUUUAUGUUGUAGUCCUGAUAUAGUUUAUGUAAGUUUGUGAACUUCAAAGCUAAAAUAUUUAAAAACUCAUUUUGUAAAUGAAAAAAUUUAAAACCUAGAAUGACCAUCCCCAAAUUAGUAUUUUGUUGUUGUUUUUUUCCAACCUUUAGUCCUGUAUACUCCUGUACUCCUGUACUCCUGUACU